AUGAAGGGACCUCGAGCCCUCAGUGUCGCUUCGGCGCUUUCAUUCUUUACUAGCGGCCUGUGUGCCAGCAAUUCUACUAACACAACUUCUUCUGCUUCUUCCCCAGUCCUCCUGGCCGAUGGCACCGUUGACCUUGGCAUCGCCGCUGAGGCUUACGAGAAAGCUGUGACAUUUGUCUCGAGUCUGACCAAUGCUCAGAAAAUCUCCAUUAUUACUGGACAGUCCAUCACAGAUGACAACGCAACAUGGACUCCUCUUGUCACUAAGGAUGGUGCCGUGGGUGUCAACAUGAACUUCUUCGUCUCUGGUUUCACAACUCCUGCCGCCCUGGCAAUGACGUGGAACCGUACUCUUUUCCUUGAGAACUUCGCCGCCGUCGGCCAGGAGUUCUACGAUUCUGGCGCCAACCUUAUCGAUGGACCUGUAUCCAGCCCUAUGGGACGUGUGGUUUACGGAGGACGAAACAGCGAGGGGUUUGCAUCCGACCCUUACCUGAAUGGUGUUGCGAUGGGCCAAGCCGUCACUGGCAUGAACAGCGCCGGUGUUAUUACUGCUGGCAGGCACUUCCUCUUUAACGAGCAGGAGACGAACCGAUCCAGCACAAACAGAUACUCGAGCAACGUUGACGACAAGACCACCCGGGAGGUCUACCUUUGGCCUUUUGCUGAUGGUGUCAAGUCAGGCUUGAUGGCUGCUAUGUGUGCCAUGAACAAGGUCAACAACACACUGUCUUGCGAGAACUCCGAGCUCCUCAACGAGUACCUCAAGACUGCUGUUGGUUUUCCUGGUAUGGUUUUCCCUGACCAGGGAGCUCAGUCCACGUCUUAUGGUUCCGCUAAUGGUGGUUUGGAUUACGGUUCCAGUUCGCUCUGGUCUGAAGAGAUCCUCGAGGCUGGUAUUUCCAACGGCAGCUUUACACAGGCCAGAUUGGAUGAUAUGGCUGUCCGUAACGUCAUUGGUUACUACUUUGCCGGUCUUGAUGAUGGGGAGCAGCCUUCAGAGACUGCCUAUGUGAACUACCGUGACGUUCGUGGUGACCAUGCUGAUGUCAUCCGUCAAGUUGGCGGCGAAGCACUCGUGCUUCUCAAGAACACCCAAGAUGAUACUGGCCGCGGUUUGCCCCUGAACAAGCCCAAGACCAUUUCCUUGUUCGGUGCACAUGCCGGCCCUGUCAUGGCCGGUCCCAAUCGUGCUUUUAGCGUUCAGGGAACUCCAGCCGACACUUACCAGGGCCAUCUUGCCGGGCCUGGAGGUUCUGGCCAGCCCUCACUCUCUUACCUGGUUACCCCAUUCCAAGCAAUUAGUGCCCGUGCCAUCGCUGACCGAUCCAUGAUCUGGUGGAUCCUCAACAACACCUACACUGACGACAAUUCUUCCUCUGGUGGUAUGGGCGGUGGCUCCGGCGGUGGUGGUAUGCCUAGCAUGAGCGACAACAGCACCUCUACCGGAACCGCUCCCAGCGGCGCUAGCAGCACAAGCUUCUCGGACACCAACGGCACUACAUCUGGAAACAGCAGCUCUGAUGCUGCGGGUUCCGGUGGCGGUUCCAGCUCUGGUGGCAGUACAAACCUUGGCAACCUCGGCUCCGGCACUGCUCUGUCGCCCUCUCUUUCGAACUAUGCUGAGAACUCUGCCGUGUGCCUCGUUUUCAUCAACGCGGACUCCGGCGAGGGUGCCGACCGUGGUGAGCUGUCCAACGAUGAGCAGGAUACCAUGGUCACUACCGUCGCUGCCACCUGCAACAACACCAUUGUCGUUGUAAACACAGUUGGCCCUCGUAUCCUCGAUGCCUGGAUCGAGCACGAGAACGUCACUGCUGUGCUCUACAGUGGGCUGUUGGGACAAGAGUCAGGCAAUGCCAUCGCCGACGUCCUCUACGGAGAUGUCAACCCCAGCGCCAAGCUCGGCUACACCAUCCCCAAGAACGCGAGCGACUACCCAACUGAGUUCAAUAUCUGCGAGGAGGAGCAAUGCGACUACACCGAGGGUGUCUACCUCGACUACCGCUGGUUUGACGCCGAGAACGUCACCGUCCGUUUCCCCUUCGGUUACGGUCUGUCGUACACCAACUUCACUUACGGAGCCGACGUUACUGCUACCGUCACCAACGAGACCGCCCUGACCUACAAGUAUGCCUCCGGCACUCUCACUCUCGGUGGUGAGGAGGAUCUGUGGGACGAGAUCGUCAACGUGACUGCCAGCGUCUCGAACAGCGGAGAACUGACGGGUGCUGAGGUCGCUCAGCUUUACAUCAGCUUCCCCGACGAGGCCGAGCAGCCCAUUCGCAUCCUGCGCGGUUUCGAGAAGGUCAGCAUGGCUGCCGGCGAGUCUGUGGACAUCACAUUCAGCCUGCACAGACGUGAUCUGAGCUACUGGGACACCGCGGCCCAGGCCUGGGCUGUCGCAUCCGGCGACUACACCAUUGCUGUCGGCUCUAGCUCGAGAGAUAUCAGGGCUAGCACCACGCUUACCCUUACGGUGGGCUCUACUGCUGUCAAGCGCUGCUCUUAA